GUUCAAACAAAAAUAUUCACGAACUCUGGUGGUUUUCGAAAUUGGGUGUCCAUGUGAGCCUGUAACGUGUAUGAGCGUGGUUGGUGUCUGGCAGCACAGGAUCUCGCUAAACCUCCCGCCCGAAGCUCCGGCGCCGGUGCGCGCUAGCUUGCGAUCGACCCUGAGCGCUCGUACGUACGUGACCUGUAUGUUAACUUAACUGCGCUAGCUGCUCAUGCAUGCGAUCUCCAUCCCGCAAUUUCAGUAGGCCUACAAAAUAGGAACAUGGCGUCUGCUGGGCAACAAGGUCAGUACGAUGCGACAGCUGGGGAUGAAAAUGCAUCUGAGGAAUCGGCAAUCAUGUUCCCAGGAGGAAGAGCAAAAAAUUCAGAUGCGAUGUAUGCGAUCAGAGGCCAACAAAUGGGUCCUUCUCGUCAACAGUCGGCGAAGGCUAAACCACCCAUUCAUGUGGGAGCUGUGAAGGGUCUGCUUGCUGUCGUUAUUCUCUUUCUUGCCUGUUUAGCAGCCUUUUCUUCACGUCUGUUUGCUGUUAUCCGCUUCGAAAGCAUCAUCCACGAGUUUGAUCCAUGGUUCAAUUACCGCUCAACACAUUAUUUGGUAACACAUGGCUUCUAUAACUUCUUGAACUGGUUUGAUGAAAGAGCAUGGUCUCCUCUUGGAAGAAUUGUUGGGGGCACAGUGUACCCUGGCUUAAUGGUGACAUCAGGAACUAUUCAUAAUAUUCUUCAUGCCCUCAACAUACCAGUACAUAUUAGAGAUGUCUGUGUGUUUCUAGCACCACUUUUCAGUGGGCUUACAGCACUAGCAGCAUAUGGCUUAACAUCUGAGCUUUGGGAUACAAGUGCUGGUUUAUUGGCAGCAUGCUUCAUUGCUAUUGUUCCGGGUUACAUAUCUCGAUCAGUUGCUGGGUCAUAUGACAAUGAAGGAAUUGCCAUAUUUGCUCUGCUUUUCACCUACUAUCUAUGGUUGAAGGCAGUAAAGACGGGUUCUGUAGCUUGGGCUUCUGCUACAGCGCUUUCAUACUUCUAUAUGGUAUCAGCAUGGGGAGGUUAUGUAUUCAUUAUCAACCUCAUCCCCCUCCAUGUAUGUGUCCUAUUGCUAAUGGGACGUUUCUCAAAUCGUAUCUAUGUUGCAUUCUGUACAUUUUACAUUUUGGGAACACUGAUGUCUAUGCAGGUGCCAUUUGUAGGCUUUCAGCCUGUACGAACCAGUGAACAUAUGGCGGCUGCAGGUACCUUUGUUCUGCUACAAGCCUUUGCCUUCCUGAGAUAUAUUCAAGAUUUCUUGACCAAGCAGGAAUUUCGCUCUCUGUUCUUCUUUGGGGUGCUCGGUACAGCAGGAAUCACUUUCUUGGGGGUAGUAUUCUUAACUUAUGCAGGUUAUGUUGCACCCUGGAGUGGUAGAUUCUAUUCACUGUAUGAUACUGGCUAUGCAAAGAUUCACAUUCCAAUUAUUGCCUCAGUAUCUGAGCAUCAGCCAACAACAUGGGUGUCCUUCUUCUUUGACCUUCAUAUCUUGGUCUGUACAUUCCCAGCUGGACUCUGGUUUGUCAUUAAGGAUAUCAAUGAUGAGAGAGUCUUCAUUGCCUUGUAUGCCUUGAGUGCGGUAUAUUUUGCUGGUGUGAUGGUCCGUUUGAUGCUUACUCUGACUCCAGUGGUAUGCAUCCUCGCUGCUAUAGCAAUCAGCAAGACUCUCAAUGAAUACUUGGUGGAUGAACUCCCCAAGAAAUCCAUGUCAGGGGAUGAAGAAGAUGAGGAAGAUGAAGAGGAUGCUGAUCGCAAGAACAGGAAAUAUUAUGAUAAGGCUGGUAAAGUGCGACGAAUCAAGACAGACAAGGGCAAAGAUGAUGAGGGUAUGGGAGGUAACCUAAAAGGAUUCGUUGUGGUUGCUGUCAUCAUGACACUCAUGUUAUUCUCUGUUCAUUGUACAUGGGUUACCAGUAAUGCCUACUCCAGCCCUAGUAUAGUGCUUGCUUCCCACAAUCAAGAUGGGUCUCGUGUCAUUCUUGAUGACUUCCGUGAGGCGUACUAUUGGUUACGUAAGAACACUGAUGAUCAUGCCCGUGUGAUGUCAUGGUGGGAUUAUGGCUAUCAGAUUGCUGGCAUGGGAAACAAAACAACACUAGUAGAUAAUAACACCUGGAAUAACAGCCAUAUAGCAUUAGUUGGAAAGGCCAUGUCUUCGAAUGAGACAGCAGCGUAUAAGAUAAUGAGAGAAUUGAAUGUUGACUACGUCCUUGUGAUAUUUGGUGGUGUGAUAGGAUAUUCUGGUGAUGACAUCAACAAAUUCUUGUGGAUGGUUAGGAUAGCAGAGGGAGAACAUCCAAGAGAUAUAAAGGAAAGUAACUACUUCACACCCAAUGGGGAGUUCAGGGUGGACAAAGCAGGAUCACCUACCCUACACAACUGCUUAAUGUAUAAAAUGUGUUACUAUCGCUUUGGGGAAUUGCAGCUUGAUUUUCGGUCACCGGCAGGCUUUGAUCGGACAAGAGGAGUAGAGAUUGGGAAGAAAGAUAUUUCCUUUGAACAUCUAGAAGAGGCAUACACCACAGAACACUGGCUUGUUCGUAUCUACAAGGUUAAACCACUCAGUAAUCGUGUUCCCAAUGAGAAACCUCUUAAAACAAAGGCAGGAAAGAAGAAAUAUGUAUCUAAAAAGACAGGUAAGAAAAGGCGUGGAUCCAUCAAGAAUAAACCAGUAGUGAAACGAGGCAAGCGGACAAGAGGAAGUGGCAAAAAUAAUAAGAGAAUAUGAAUCCAUUCACCUUGCCAUGAUACUCCAAGAACAUUUGAUGAAUUUUCAAUACAUUUUGGGUGAAAUGGCCUUCUAGAAUUAAGUAGUUAUGGGUUAGAUAUGGGUGGAAUAGUAAGAUAAGUGAUUCAACGGGAGUAUCACACCAAAAAUUAGUAGUACUUCUUGUUAUGUCUUUGUGUGUUAUGUCUUGUUGGAAAACCAAAUCAUCAUAUUUUUUCUUUCAGGAUUUUUGUCCGUUGCUGUAUUAUCCAAGCUUUCUGAAAAUUAAUGCAACCCAAGCCAAUUCUGUAAAUAUGACUAACUUAAAUAUGAGUCUGACUAAUUAUGCAUGAUUUCUCAGUAUUUAUGUUUUUUACAAAAAGAGGGUUCUUUAAAAAGAAUUUGAAUAUUCAUAUUUAAUACCUUACUUGACAAACCAAGUACUAUUACAGAGCUCCAGACCCUUUGUAAAACCAACAUAAUUUUUAUUAUUUCGCUUGAAGAUGUCAGAUUUAAUCCAUAAUUGUAUUAAUAGAAAAUGAUUUAUGAAGCACGUAAUAAACAAGACACUCUAUGUUCUUUAAACAGUAAUAAAAUUACACAUGUAUUUAUAUAUUUCAAACAAAAUGUUUUGAAGUUUUAUGAAACCAAUCAUAUAGGUAGAAAAUUACUGAUACAACAUGAAAAUUAAAACCGAAUGAUUUGAAUGAAAGGUAAGCAAAUAUAUGUUACGUUUCUUGGUAUUUUGCAAUUAAUACUUAGGUCACAUUAGAUGUAUUAUGACCCUACAGAAUCUGUAAACUCAUUGCAUUUUACACAUUCCUGUAUUGCCAGCAUUGAGCAUAUGAAGGCAGGCUCUGACUUCAUGAUUUCAGAUGCUCACUGCAGGCAUCAUGGCCUGUACAGUUUUGUUAUGUCUGUAAACUGGAGACUUUUUGUAGAUGGUGUUUUAUAAACAAGUAUUGCAGGGACCCUGGUGAUGGCUUAGGUGAUCAUAUAUAGUGAAGUGACUGCCGUUUUUGUUAGACAUGUGGGAGAGAGUUAAAACAAAUCAUACAGAGAUUGUAAGGCCACUGUAUGAUUAUGAUCUCUGUACAAGUCGUUGCAUGGAAAUCGUAGAGGCUGAGGAGACCACAGUGCAAAUGCACAAGUGCUAUACGAUUUCUGCUCGGCAUCUGUACAGCCCACCCCCUUGAAAGAAAUCAUAUAACAUCCGCAAAUAAUGUGAACACAUGUGUUGUUGACCGAAUCAUCCGUGAAGCCUCAGAAAUCAUGCAUUAGUCAUAGUUAUUGUAUGAUGCCCCUGUUAAAUGUGACCAUAUUGUUAAAAUUGUCUCCAUUUUACUAAUGGAUCAUGAAUUAAUGAGAUGGAAUGCUGUUUUUUAGUACACUCAUUUGAUUUUCAUGUAUUGAUUCUAUUGGGAAGAUAAGUAUACCUCCCUGUAUCGGCUUGACAUAUUCCUUCAAUGAAAAACAUGUAUUGACUUUUGUUAAUGCAAGAUGGGCUAGGGCAAGACUGUGUUAAACCAAGAAAGGCUCGAGCAAGCUUCCAGCUUGUCAAGACAAUCUUAGAAGUAGUUUGUUGUGAGAUCUGCUGACUAUACUAAAUAUUCUAGAUUAAAUUUGGCUAGUUCUGAAGACAUGAACCAACCAGAUGAGCAUUUAACAUAAAUUGUUAACAAUUUAUGUUAUGAUUUUUAUUCUAAGUCAAAGGGUGAUUUCAAGUACACUGUUGGUGUUGGUAUUGAGAGCGUGAAAAAGGCUGCUGAAAGGUUCAGAAUAACAAUGACAUCCCACCUCAUUUGCCUGAUCAUCUCUACUUCAAUAUAGAUCUAAGCUUCGUCACGGGUUUCAUGAUUUCACACUAUCAUCUUAAAGAAUCUAAAAGAUUUCAUAAUAUCAAGAGAGAAAGUAAACCACUCUUUUUGUAUUGCAAUGUGUUGUUAUGUUAUGUUAUGUUUUACAUGGUUUCUAAAAUCAAUUUACUGUUUGCAAGGAACCUUUGUUUUGUUUUGUUUGUUUGUUUUUUCACCUUUUGAAAAACAUGCAAUGACAAUUCUGUAGUUACACAUUUCACCAGAUAUACUGACAAUUGUAAUGUUACUUACAAACAGCUAUAUGAAACACCCACCAGGGAGUGUUUCACAAAGAUUUAAGUAUGACUUAUAGUCGCACUUCAAUGGCGAUGCUUACAUGAUAUGCAACACGCAAUAUUAUUGAUCAAUACGCAAUAAAGUGCGUUUUCUUUGCCUAAUCUGACCAAUGCAUUCAUGCCUUUUAAAACACAUGCAACUAUGCAUUUAAUUUAGACUCUGUCAUACUUAAAUCUUGUGAAACACCCCCUGGUCUUUUCCAUAGAAUGCCGAUGUAUACUAAUCAGGUCCAGAGUAUUUUGUUAAGUGACUUGGAAAUCAGUUCAUCAUUUUAAAAAUGUAGAAGUAGCUCCAGCUUAAUUGAAAAUUUUACUACAUAACGUUAAUUGCACUGUCAUAUUAGACAUGUACUGCACUGUUGGGUGUCGAAAUCUAUGUCCAGAAGUUAAGAAUUAAAAAAAAAAAUUGAUGAUUAAAGAUGAGUAUCUGUAUAUUUUGAACUCAAAUUUUAGUGAGUUAUGAAAAUAAGAGCUUUAUUAUUUGUUGAGUCUAAUAUGGUGUGAUUAGCUGUCUCCAACUACUGUAGCCAUAGUAGAGUGCAAUUGUUGCCAUCUUUUGUUUUUUUAAUAUCACAUUCAUUCUCUGUUUUUAUUUUUGUUUUUGUUGCACUGUUCAUAAGUUAGGAUGAUGGAUAUAUGAAUAAUCCAAGAUGUCACCAGGACAUCAUUCAUAUUUAACACUUUUAAAAUCUGUUGCUGAUGUCAAUUCAUAAAUGAUGUGAUAAUCACACCACAAAACAUAUUUUCAGACUUUUUCUUCAAGUCUAAAAAGACUUUAACGUGGAGCGUUGUGGCCCAGUGGAUUAGUCUCCGGACUUUGAAACAGAGGGUCGUGGGUUCGAAUCCCAGCCAUGGCGUAAUUUCCUUCGGCAAGAAAUUUAUCCACAUUGUGCUGCACUCAACCCAGGUGAGGUGAAUGGGUACCUGGCAGGAAUUUAUUCCUUGAAAUGCGUGUGCGCUGUAAUCUUAGUAAUUACGGCUGCCAAGCUACAGCUGGGGUAAUAAUAUCCAAGUCCUUUGGAAGCGCAUAGAGACAUUAUUCAUAAUCGUGAUAUGCGCUAUACAAGAACUGUUUAUUAUUAUCAUUAUUAUUAUUUAAAAAAAUCUUGCAAUUCUAGUCAUUAACAAAAUUUAGGUAUACAACUACGUUGUAAUGAAUGUCUUCUUUGUUGACUUUUUAUUAACGUGACAGUCUGACAAUCUCUUCCUGGUUACAAUUCAUUUUGACAUGUGGCAGUCAAAUAUUUUUUUCUUAAAAUUCUUCCCAGACUUUUCUUUAAAAGUCUAUAAGCACUUUCACUGCUAGACAUCAACAAUUGUUUGAUAAUCUUGAUACUACAACAGUGUAAUUAUGUUUGUUGAUUAUUUGUACUGGUAGCAGAGUAAUCUGUAAUCAGUUUUGUAUCGAUUUUCAUUUCUAUUUUAUUACUUCUUGUAUCUGAAAUCAUUGUAAUGAUUAUGAGAUUUCUACUUUGUUACCCUUGUUUUUUUUUCUUUCUUCACAUUUUGGAAAUGAUAUCAUUAUGGACGUUAUUCAUAUUACACCCUCAGGGUGAGAAAAAAAAUUAUGAUGAAAUGAAUGGUGGUUGAUGGCUAUUUUUUAUGUAUCUGUGAUAGUAACAAAUGGGAUAUUGUCAUCUUGGUAUUGUCUCUGAAUAUUUUAUGGAUGUGAUUUACUUCUAGUACGACACAUAUGUCUUGGUAAGGGUUCACUCCUGCUUGCUCUCCAACCAUUUGGAAACUUUGACAUUGUCAAACUCAACUUGGCGUUCUUCAUUUGGUCUUUGUACCACUUCAUCUAAUUCCCAGUUUGCCUAAUUGUCUCAUAUUUAGUGUCGUCUGAACUUUGAAGUAUUUGGGUUAAUUUUCAGUUCAGCUGUUUAAAAACAAGAUGGUGUUUCAACCGAUUGAUAGUUAGCCCAAGUCCUCAUCAGUCCUUGUGACUAUUAGACUAAGUGCUAGGUAGGCGGAAUGUGAUGUGGACCAAAAAGAUGUAACCUGAAUGAAGAUAGCCCAUCUUGAAUUUACACCAAGUGAUUAUAGACACAGGGCCUGUUGCAGUAAAUUUGCCAUCCAUGGUAACGAUGCUUAACAGCUAAUCAGAAUCAAGGACUUCAAACCAGUCGACAUUGGAUGGCAAAGUUACCAUGAUAGCAACUCUUAGGUAAGGAGGCCCUGGUUAACGUAAACCAUUGUAGGAAUAUGUGAAAUAUGCUGUUUUCGCAUUUUAUACAGAAAUCACAUUUAUUUUCACACUGUUGUGGAUAUGUGCUGGAAAUUUUGAAUAAAUGUUCCUGCUUUGAAAACAAAA